AAAAACAACAAUGACAUAUGUAUCGUUGGCUGUUUUUGCUUCGUUUCAGUUUACUUUGGGGUUGAAGAAGGAUGACGUGCACCUGCAUCAACAACCUCCACCCGAAGACCACGACGAGUUGGCCACCUGAAAGUCAAUUUGAAGACAAAGCGGCCCAGUCAUUGUUGAACAAGUUAAUCAGAAGUAAUCUUGUCAACACCACAAAUCAAGUUGAAGUUCUUCAGAAGGAUCCCAACUCUCCACUGUACUCUGUAAAAUCCUUUGAGGAGUUGCGACUUAAACCACAGCUCCUUCAGGGUGUCUAUGGCAUGGGUUUUAACCGGCCCUCCAAAAUCCAGGAGACCGCCUUACCCAUGAUGCUCGCUGAACCUCCACAGAAUCUAAUCGCCCAGUCUCAGUCAGGAACAGGAAAAACCGCUGCCUUUGUGCUUGCCAUGCUCAGCCACGUCAAUCCAGACCACAAAUAUCCCCAGGUUAUUUUUUAGGGAUUUUAUCAGUGAUCCAAAUGACCGCAGAUGGGUUUAUCCUUAGUCCUUGUGUGACCUGCGAGUUAGAUUUCUAAAUCUCUUUUUCCUUUUCCACCAGUGCCUGUGUUUGUCACCCACCUAUGAACUGGCGCUUCAGACUGGGAAAGUUAUUGAGCAGAUGGGCAAAAACUACCCUGAAGUCAAACUAGUUUACGCCAUACGAGGAAAUAGGCGUAAGUUCACAUCGAGUGCCAUGUUG